AUGUUCCUGUUUUCCUCCCAAUAUCAGGACGUUGCGACCCUCAGCAACCUGCCACGCUUCACAGCUGGUCAGACAUACUUCUAUCCUGGAUGGAAUGCUGCAAGGCAAGAAGAUGUCGUCAAGAUUGCGACGGAGCUGGCAGACUACCUGUCGGCAGAAAUUGGGUUGGAGGCCGUCUUGCGCGUGCGCGCUACCACUGGUUUAAGGAUGUCUGCCUUCUACGGAAACUUCUUUAACCGCUCGUCUGACCUCUGCGCUUUCCCAGCCUACCCUAGAGAUCAAGCUGUCGUUAUUGAGGUUGCGAUCGAUGAGACCAUUACCAAGCCCUUUGCUUGUCUUCAGGCUGCCGUCUUGCACACAACAUCGAGCGGCCAACGUCGUAUCAGGGUCUUGACGCUUGCUGUACCUACAACAGAAAGCCUUGCUUCCGUCUACGCAUCGGCGGAUCCACAAGCAAUUGCCACCUACUUCAGUCACAAGGCCGUUGAGCGUUCACUGUCUAGUGGACUCGAUGCUGCAAGAGACGCGCUGCAGGCAAAGAUCAUUGAAAUUCUCUCGACGUACAGGAAGGAACUGGCUGGUGGCAGUAUGGGUGGUGGUGGACUACAGCUACCUCAGAAUCUGCGAGCUCUUCCCAUCCUAUUUUUGGGUCUCAUCAAAAACGUCGGUCUCAGAAAGAGCGCUCAAAUACCCUCUGAUCUUCGAUCUGCUGCCCUUGACCUACUAUCCACAUUGCCUCUGCGAUUACUAAUUCAGUACAUUUAUCCUAGCUUCUACAGCCUUCACGACAUGCCCGAUGACGCUGGUGUGCCAGAGCCUACAACGGGUCAGAUCACUAUGCCUCCUGCCCUCAACCUUUCCUCUGCAGCGAUCGUGCCAUAUGGACUGUACCUUCUAGACGACGGUGUUAAUCAAUUCUUGUGGGUCGGCCGUGACGCUGUCCCCGCACUUCUCGCGGAUGUGUUCGGGGUAGAAGACCGCACACAACUCAAGCAGGGCAAGGCAUCCUUGCCUGUCUUGGACAAUGAGUACUCUGAACGAGUAAGGGCUGUCGUUGAGAAAUCAAGAGACCACAAGUCCAAGGGUGUCGGCAGUAUCACACUGCCCACACUGUACAUUAUCAAAGAAGAUGGCGACCCAAGUCUCAAGCUGUGGGCUCAGACAUUGCUGGUCGAGGACCGCGCAGACCAGGGCGAGAGCAUUGUCCAGUGGAUCAGUAAGCUGCGAGAAAAGGUGGUGCAGUAA